CUCACUCCCAUUUUUCCCUUUCAUUCAUUUAAACUCAGAACAAGACAAAACAAAAACUCUCAAGAAAAAGAGAGAAAAAAAUGGCGAUAAUUUGCACAACAACAACAACAUUUCCUGCAGAGAAAGAACAAGAACCAAAACAAGAUCUUGAAAACGACCAAACUCUUCCAUUAAUCUUCAACCCUUCUCUUCUUAACCUCCAAACUCAAAUCCCAAACCAAUUCAUUUGGCCAGACGAAGAGAAACCUUCCAUUAACAUUCCUGAGCUCAAAGUCCCUUUCAUUGAUCUCUCGAGCCAAGACUCAACUCUAGAGGCUUCAAGACUCAUCGCAGACGCUUGCAACAAACACGGCUUCUUCCUCGUCGUCAACCAUGGAGUUAGCGAGUCGCUCAUAUCCGACGCUCACCGUUUAAUGGAACGUUUCUUCGACAUGCCUCUCGCCGGAAAACAGAGAGCUCAGAGAAAACCCGGUGAGAGCUGUGGCUACGCCAGUAGCUUCACCGGAAGAUUCUCAACCAAGCUCCCAUGGAAAGAGACUCUUUCUUUCCGGUUUUCCAACGAGAAUAGUGGCUCAAGAACAGUUCAAGACUACUUCUCCGAUACAUUAGGAAAAGAGUUCGAGCGAUUUGGAAAAGUGUAUCAAGACUACUGUGAAGCAAUGAGCUCAUUGUCACUCAAGAUCAUGGAGCUUCUUGGGCUAAGUUUAGGCGUAAACCGCGACUAUUUCAGAGGAUUUUUCGAAGAGAACGAUUCAAUAAUGAGGCUAAAUCAUUAUCCUCCAUGCCAAACACCAGAUCUCACAUUAGGUACAGGACCUCAUUGUGAUCCAAGCUCUUUGACCAUCCUUCACCAAGACCAUGUCAAUGGCCUUCAAGUCUUCACUGACAAUCAAUGGCGUUCUAUUCUUCCCAAUCCCAAGGCUUUCGUAGUCAAUAUCGGUGACACUUUCAUGGCUCUAUCGAACGGGAUAUACAAGAGUUGUUUGCAUAGAGCGGUUGUGAACAGAGAGAGUGCGAGAAAAUCGAUGGCGUUUUUCUUGUGUCCAAAGAGAGACAAAGUUGUGAAGCCACCAAGUGAGAUUUUGGAGAAGACGACACCAAGAAGAUACCCUGAUUUCACUUGGCCUAUGCUCCUUGAAUUUACUCAAAAGCAUUACAGAGCAGAUGUCAAUACUCUCGAUUCCUUUUCAAAAUGGGCCAUUGCCAAUAAAAAUCCCAUCUAAGAAACCAAAUUACUAUCGAAAUCAUUUGUCUUCCUUAGUUACUAUGUGUCUUUUGUUCUCAUGGUGAAAUUAAUUCACAUGGGUUUCAAUUUUUAUUUUUUUACAAAAGAGGAUUUCAA